AUGGCUUCGAUUCGGAGAACACUUUCGCCGUAUCAGGAUCGUUCGCAUCAAAAUGGAGGGAAUGUUAGUCCGUUUUCAGUGAAUUCACCUUCGCAUAAGCUUAAUUCCACCAGUAGAUUCGCCUUGGGAGUUCGGAGAUUUAUAGGAGGGUUUUUGUUAGGUUUGGCACCGUUUGGGGAAUUCGAAGAUGUUAGGACUCCCGAUUUUUCAUUUGAAGUCAACCGCCCUCCGAUCCUAGAUGUGAAGGAGGACAUUGUGGUAGAUAAGGUGGAGUUAGCUGUUGUGAAAAGAGAAAACGUGAAGGAGAGGUUUGAUUAUGUUGCUAGGAAACAGGUCAUUGUUGUGACACCAACUUAUAAUCGAGCUCUUCAGGCUUAUUAUUUGAAUAGACUGGGACAGGUUCUUAGGCUUGUACCUCCUCCAGUUCUUUGGAUUGUUGUCGAGAUGAAUGUGGCUUCUACAGAAACUGCAGAUAUUCUUAGGGGAAUGGGAAUCAUGUAUCGGCAUUUGGUAUGCACCAAGAAUCUUACCAAUAUAAAAGAUAGAGGUGUUCACCAGCGGAAUACAGCACUUGAACACAUUGAGCACCAUAAGCUUGAUGGAAUCGUCUAUUUUGCAGAUGAUGAUAAUAUCUAUUCACUUGAAUUGUUUGAGACUUUGAGAGACAUCAGCCGUUUUGGCACAUGGCCAGUUGCAAUGCUUGCACAGAGCAAAAACAAGGCAGUUUUGGAAGGUCCUGUAUGCAAUGGCAGCCAUGUAAUUGGAUGGCAUACAAAUGAAAAAAGCAAAAAGCUUCGAAGAUUUCAUGUUGAUAUGUCGGGAUUUGCAUUCAACAGCACCAUCUUGUGGGACCCAAAGAGAUGGCAAAAACCCAUUUCACCUUCAAUUCGUCAAUUAGACACCAUUAAAGAGGGAUUCCAAGAGACUACUUUUAUAGAACAGUUGGUGGAAGAUGAGAGUCAAAUGGAAGGUACCCCAUUUGGGUGUUCUAAAAUCUUGAAUUGGCAUCUUCAUUUGGAAGCUCGUGAAGUGGGGUACCCUAGAGGCUGGUUGCUUCAGAAGAAUCUUGAUGCUGUUCUCCCUAUUGAGUAAAAGGCAAUGAAUGUCACCUCGAAAAAGGAGCUGGAAAGAGUUUCCACAAAGAAAAGCAGCUCUGCCUUUUUUUUAGAAGCAGUGCAAAGAAGGAAGGGAGACAAAAGGACACGUUAUUUCAGAGUUGGUGUUAAGUUCUGUUUCUGUAUGAUGCUUAUUCUUUUACUAUAUGAGAUGGGCAAUUGCCUUUUUGUGAAAAUUCUUUUUUUUUUUU